GUACGUUUCGUGUAUCGGUCGGUCUGUGACCCUGCAUGGUCAUCUCGAGUCUUUCGCACUCCCGCGUCGUCAAUGCUGGCCCCAGCUGGUCACCGACUCACACAGACUGGCACACUCACAUCAUCUCUGGUGUAGUAUGUAUCCUGUGUUGUUUGCCGGAUCAGCCAAUACUCGCAAGCAUCUGAAGUGCAGCCGCUCAGCGGUGUUGCUCUCACAUCACAGGGAUUGCAAUUGGGCACUCCGUUCGUACAGUACCUAUUGGUGCACUUUGUCGGAUCCUCCCCGACACUUUCAUCGUUCAGCCGCGACGUCGCGACCUGGGCUGCUCCUGUCUUGAAGCUUCCCUUCCCGCCAACUGAAGGGGUUUCCGCGGUCCCAGCUUGGCCGAAGCCGAAGAGAAUUUGGAAGCUCCACCGUUGCGAAGCUACCGCGGCCUCCUAGCAACCUCCACGCUUGUGCAACGACAUCAGCCUAGCAAGCAACGCUCCAGGAUUAUUCUGCAGGCGAGGCCCUUCUUAUUGCCUCUCAAUCCCUCAUGCUGACGAUCGUGCAAAGUCAAUCUUACGUAGGAGGUAGGACUGCCAAGUUGGACCACGAAACCCUCGCGAUAAGCUGGCUUGGGGACCACGGAGCAUGUCCUCAAAUUGCUUUUGCUACUACUACGACUCGGCCUGUACGCGGACAUGGUGGCAGCCACGCUGCGCUUAGUGCACUAAUGCUUGCUACCCCACUGGUCCACGGACAUGAUGCGGAGAUGGGACACUGCAUUCGUAUCAGUGAGGAUCAAGAAAGACUGGUGAAUGCGAGAUUCCGAAGACUUCCAACAAAACUCACGUUCAUCUGGUCCGCCAGUGGAACAUCCAGCGGCAUUGUGGUCAAUCUUUCGCUCAAGCCAUCUGAAGCUAUGGUACGCAGUGACCACCUGGAACGUCCACGAGAGUGACGAGAGACUCGUCGUCCUGCGUACAAGACGACGAGCUACAUGUAUUGCCACACAGCUCCCUGGCGCUCAGACUCAUUUUCAGCCACUGGUCCUGUGGUCCGUUUACGAACAGCAACUUCUGCGCCAUCCCCAGCCACGAGCCGUGCGCAACUUUCCUGCCCCGCUCUUCCCAAGCCGUACCAAUUAUGGACUACGUCCAACGUGCAAGUCGGACACCCCCC